AUGGAGAUGAUAGAAAGAAGAGAAGAGUCAUCAUCCAUCAAGUCCCUACCCAAUGACGUCGUCAUGGACAUACUCUCACGACUGCCUGUCAAGUCCCUGGUACGUUUUAAGUGUGUGUCAAAGUCUUGGCUAACUUUGUUCACUGAUCCAUAUUUUGUGAAGAUGCACCUAAAUCGAUCCUAUGAGCCCAACAAAAAACAACUUGUUUUUUCCUGUCACAUUAAAGAAUGGAGGUCAGCAAUCGUUGUAUUUUCUGGCAACAUUAUUGAGCCGAGUGGAAAAGUUGAUUAUCCACUUAAUUUUGAGUGUCAAUCGGGCAAGUUCUUAGGUUGUUGUGACGGAUUGAUAUUAUAUUCAACUUCUCCUUAUUCUUCUUGUGAAGAAGAACUUCACCUGCUGAAUCCUUCAACUAGAAAAGUCAAAAGAUUACACCCACCAUUCAAAAGUAUAACAGGUGGUGUUUCAUAUGGGUUUGGUGGUGCAUAUGGGUUUGGCUACGACGCCUUAACCGAUGACUAUAAGGUUGUGCACAUCCCAUAUUGUCACAAAAGUAUAACGACUUUAUAUACACGAAAAACAAAUUCUUGGAGAAGAAUUCAAGACAUCCCUUACCAUGUUAUGUGCUCUGCGCCAGCUGCGGCACUUCUGAAUGGAGCUCUCCAUUGGUUAACUAAGGACAUGAGUAAGAUAGUUUCUCUUAAUUUAGAGGAGGAAAAAUUUCAAGUUUUUAUUUUACCUGCAGAAUUUGAAACACAACAACGUGAAGCUUACUUGGUUACGGUUCUCAGAGGAUGUCUCUGUGUCUGUGUCAAGAUUAUGGGGAAGUCGGGGUGGCGGUCUUGUGAAUUUUGGGUGAUGAAGGAAUAUGAGAAAAAGGAAAAUACACAUAGAUAUUUAGAAAUUCCCGGUGAUUCUCAACUCGGUAGCCUUAGACGUUAUGAUCAAGAUAAUGAUGGAGACUCUUUUAUGCUUGAAGUUGAGGAUGCAGAGAUUUUUUUGGAGAGCAUUGUUUCACCCUUGUUUUCUUAUUUGGUCAUGCAAUACAUUCUGGUGCUGAGAGACCAGAUCCAAUUGCUUGUUUCGGCGAACCCAAAUCGAAAGCAUGGUCUCGAUGCUUGUUUCGGUGAACCCAAAUUGAGAGCUGUAUUAGUCAUAAGCCGUAAUUGCCGAUUGUCAUCACCAAUUGUUGUCGUCCAUUGUCGUCGUGGAUCGCCUUCGUUGUUCAUCAUCGUCGCCUUCGUUGUUUGUCGUCGUCAUCGCUGUGUCCGAUGCUUGUGGAUUUUGAACCACCAGUUGAGACCCAACCCGACUGGAUUGUAUAGGGUUCAACCCUAA